AAUGCACCGCGCGGCCCUCUCCGCCGCCAUUUUUUAGUGGGGGGAUUUUUUUUUUCUCUCUCCUCUCCACGGACGCCGCGGGGCCCCCGCGGCCCCCUCGGCGGCAAGCGGCGACAUGAGCGGCGAGACGCCGUACAUCGGCAGCAAGAUCAGCCUCAUCUCCAAGGCGGAGAUCCGAUACGAGGGCAUCCUCUACACCAUCGACACCGAGAACUCCACCGUCGCGCUCGCCAAAGUCCGCUCGUUUGGCACGGAGGACCGGCCCACGGAGCGCCCAGUCGCGCCCCGCGAUGAGAUCUUUGAGUACAUCGUGUUCCGCGGCAGCGACAUCAAGGACAUCACGGUGCGUGAGCCGCCCAAGCCCCAGCGCACGCUGCCCCAGGACCCCGCCAUCGUGCAGUCUUCCCUAGGCUCGGUUGCCCCGAGGUUCCAGUCGUCCAGCUCCUAUGGGCCUUUUAGCGGCAUGGCCCCAUACGGCCAGCUGGGGCCCGGAUCCUUCAUGGGCCCCCCCUACGGCUCGCUCGGCUUGGGAAGCGGUCUGUCUCCCAUCGCGCAAAACUCGACUCUGUCGGGGAUGCAGCCACCACGAGGCGGGGCGUUCGGGGAGACGAGCUUCACGCCAGACUUCCUGUCCCCGACGAGCCUCUUGCCGUCGCAGGACGUCCCGCGAGCGGUGUCGCCCCCCGGAGGCCUCGGUGGCAAGCCUACGCCGGAGCGCGCGACGAGCGAGAAACCGCUGACUUCUACCGCCGUGGGCGACCGGCGACCGAGCCAACAAGCCAAGGCUCCCGGCGUGCCACCUGCGCACAGGCCCGGCAUCUUUAACGAUGCCAGGAAGGGCGGCGUGGUGCCUGGCACCGUCGACAGGCACAUGGAUGGGCACAAGCCAGAGCGGACGGAUGACCGGGGCCAGACAUUCCGGAGGCGAGGGGGUGGUUACCGGCAACCAGUGGGCCCUACGUCACCAAUUGGCGGUGUCGGCGGCGGUGUCGGCGGCGGUGUCGGCAGCGGUGUUGGCGGCGGUGUCAGCGGUGUCAGCGGUGUCAGCGGUGUCAGCGGUGUCAGCGGUGUCAGCGGUGGCGGCGGUAGAGGUGGCGAAGGUGGCAGAGGUGGCGGAGGCGGUUAUCCGGGUCGUGCAGGGCCCCCCCGGCGCGGCCGGGACGGCUUCCGGGGCCGCGGCCGCAUUGGGGGUGGCCGCAAGGAGCAGCCGAUGAAGUUCGAAGGGGACUUCGACUUUGAGAGCGCCAACGCACAGUUCAACAAGGAGGAGCUAGAGAAGGAGUUCCAGGACAAGCUCAAGCUCAAAGACGACCGCGGGGGGGAGAAGGUGGUGAACGGCGAGGACAAGGAGAGCGGCGCGGAGACGCAGUCGCAUGAGGAUGACAGCGCCUACUACGACAAGACCAAGUCGUUCUUCGACAACAUCUCACGCGAGAGCGACCCAAGGGAGCGGCGCUCGACGUGGGCGGAGGAGCGGCGCAUGAACGUCGAGACGUUCGGGGUCUCCUGCAGCCGGGGUCGGGGCGGCUACUACCGCGGGCGCGGUUACCACCGCGGAGGCUACGGUGGCGGUUACUACCGCGGCGCGAGGGGGUUCUUCCGAGGGGCGACUGGGAACCCCCGGGGAGGCGUGCGGGAGUUUGGGUACCGAGGAGGCCGCGGAGGAGGGCGACUGUGGUCAGAGAUUGAUCAGAAGAGGGAUAACAAAGUGACGUCUUAGAAGAGAAGGAAACGUCGACUUCAGGAUGACCCCGAGGGGAGGGAGUCGGUGGGAGCGGAGGGAGAGUCGGGUGUGAAGCACUGCGGGGGUAGAGCGUUACAUCGGACGGACAGGCGAACGGACGCGCCAUCGCUGUGCCAGACGCAGGAGGUGGGGGUCACGUGUAUCGGAUACUGUAUUUUUAAAUGUCCUUUUUAAAAAACUAAAAAAGUGAAUAAAUAUUUUGAAUGGAAUGCUUUAUCGCGAUCAAAUUUAAAUAUUUACGAGAAUCAGUUGCUGAAGAGCUACACGGAGAUUGUAUGACUGACGAGAUGACUGUUUUUAACGUUUCUAUUUGCCAGACACCCAGAAUCCAUCGGUAAAUUAUUGAGCUGGCCGAGUAGAAUAGGCGACACCAUCGUUCAGGCUAUUAAGAGUUGGAGGCAGAAUCACAACAGUCGUGCAGCCAUACACUGGUCUUCAUCCUCAAGUAGGGUGAAGAGAAUCUAAAAGACGAAACCGAUUCACACCAUGCAGCUCCGUUAAACUAGUCGGUGUGGUGAAAAACGCCGGUGCAGGGCACGCGUGGUUGAGCAGCUGGAGGGUCCAAACGGUGGGAUCUCGUGAGUCGUGGGGUCCAGUAACAAAUCGGCAGGACCCGUCGUCCCCGUGUUAAUACACUUUAAAAAAGACAAGCUGUGUUCAAUCCCAAUUAACCGAAUUACCUUUUUUCUUUUAAUUGUAUUGGGCAACCUAAUGGUCGUCUAUAUGGAAGUACUAAAUGUGACCGCGGAGUUCACACGAGAAUGAAUAUGGGUUCAAAUCUACAGCAAGCCCAAAGACUACAGAUGUGCCUGUGAGACGUUGACAUGACCGACUGGGUCUGAUGUGAGUUUCUGUAAUUAAACCUCAAUUAUUAACCCUUUGACAACUGGUGCCGUAGAUUCUCAGGACAAGGAAAUGCCCUUCUUUGGCCAGUCCUGAUAUUUAACGUGAGCAAAUGUGGAUUUUGUUUGCGGGCCACAGACACAUUGUCUCUGCUGAAAUGUCAAUCUCCAGAAGAUUUAACGUUGCACAUUAAGAAAUUUUACCGAAACUCAAACCGACCCCAGUUUCCCAAACAGAAAAAGGGGCGGGCUUGCAGGGUGGCAUAACGUUUAAAAACACAGCUGUGCGAGGGUUAAACCAACGCAUGAUCAUAGUACUUAUUAAUCAGGGGCCACAGAAUGUAGUUGCGUGAAGUCACUUGGCAGGCACUGCAUGGCCUGCUGCCGCUAUGCACGGUCACCUCAAGGGGAAUUUGCAGUUCUGCCCUCCUCGGGGGCACUGGGAGGAUCUGGGCAAGGGGGAACCUGAAACGAUGGAAUGUUUCCCCGUUGGGAAAUUGCCAUAUGUAGCGAGCCCCCUGGGCAAGGGAUUCCCUGAGUGUCGUCGCAUGCGACAUGGAUAAAUGGCCACAACCCUGGUGUCUUCUGGUCAACAGGGGAGCACCACCCCCCUUGCAGUUGUUAAUGCACUGCCUGGGCCAAUUUCAGGCUGUCGAGCAUAAUCACGAAAGUCGUUUUGUCUCCUCUGGAUUUGUCACCAAAACUGCAGACGCAGACAGAAAAUGGGGGUGGGGCCUCGUAAAAUUCACUUAAUGCAAAGUGACAAUUUCAUGAAGCGAGAUUAUAGUCGUGUAGCAUUCAGAACCUUUCAUUUCCCACGCACUGGAAUCGAUACGAGUGCACCACAGAACAUCACCAGUAAUGAACGUUGAUGUCGUGACCCUGUGUUUUUCAAGUCAAACAGCCAUCAUCACAUUCUACGGGGCAGCAGAAGCACCUGGUGCUCUGCCGGCGAUAGCCAUGACGACGCAACCCAAAACAGUCCCUCUCUUGAGUUGCUGUCGUGUGGUUAACAAACCCCAUGGGUAACCAACAAUCUUGAAUACAAAUUGCCGCUUCACGGUGGAGAUUCUGGCACAAACGAGAGUCCACAAGAAGCCCAAACCCAGCCCCCCUCCCCCUAAGAGCAUUAGUGUGAGCGCUGUUUUAAUAAACAAUCAACUUGUAUAAAUAAAUAAAAGUCGUGUGCUUCCUCGCUUGUGUGGGGGCUAAUGCCCCCCUCCCCACUAGGUGGGGGCUGAUCUCCCCCUUCCCGCGAGCGGGUGGGGUGCGACGUCUGCCCCCUCCAUUCCCGACCGGGUGACCGGCCCCCCCCAGCGCCCUCUGACAUAGCUAGCGGCUGGCAGACCCCGCCUAGGGGUUAAUUACGUGCGCGCCUUCCCCCCACUCGCUCGUUUGGAGUUAAUUCAUUAUUUCCACUAAGCCGUUGUGUCAACAAGGCUAAUGGCCACGGGGGUUACUGAUUAACUCGCUGGCAGCCACCCAUGCUCCAGAGCGGUCCGGAUAUUAAUGAAUCAGCGCUCGCGCGGAACCCACCCACUGAUUUUCUCUGCGCGAUACCCACGCUGUCUCGCUGUUAAUACUGCGGUUCUCGCAUGUACACGCGCUGGCGCGGGCAACCGUUUAUAUUUUAAUAUGCGCGCGUGUCAUACACACCCUGGUUUAUAGUCACCCACACACCGUUGUGCGCCAAUCGCUGUCCCACCGCUCUUUCCUGUUGCACGAUGGGGGUUGGGGAAGAUGCCCGCCUCAGAGACUUUGCCUGGGCAAUCGUUUUCAGCUGCACCCUGCAGGCAUCCCACGGACGCUGAGGGCGGCUGGUAUUCUCCGUCACUCCAGAAGAACUCUGAUCCAAUUUGCCCUCCUUCCCCCCCUUAUGUUCCCAAAGCCCGUUAAUCCCCGGGUCAUAUGACAUCAUCCUGCGCAUCCAAUCGAAUCCUCGUUGCGGCCGUUUUGAGCGCUCUGGCCGUUGGGGGGGGGGGGGGUCACGUCAUCCCCCCCCCCCCCAUCCAUUGUCUCUGUACCUGCGUUCCCUGCCGCUGACUCACCGAUAAUCCCCUCGGGCCCUCUCGCUUAAAUCCUCCUAUAUGCCUAGGGGCUUUUCCCUCUCACCCCAUCCCACUGUUUACACUGCCGCAGGGUGCUUGCCUUGGGGUACCAUUCCCCGUGCUGUGUAUGCUUCAUCGCGGCCGGCCUGUAAAGCUCUGCCCCCUUUUAGGGGGGGGGCCGCCAUGUAAUUUGGUCUGGGGGGCUCAGCCAAUUUCCUGGUCCGGGGAAACCGUUGAACGACCCUGUUAAUGGAGUCCUCGGGUGAAAACCCAGGUGAUCCCUCCGAGACCCUACGGGGUGCAUGUGAGUGUUUAGCGGGGCGUGCGUUGGUGGGGGCGGGGUGCAAGGAGGGUAGCGCCGGCCGAGCUGCUCCGCUGCGGUGGCACCGCACUUGUCUUUCUGGCCCUCACGAUCAAUCCAAGUUGCCGUCGAGCAGCAAAAUAAACUUGUAAAUCCUCACUCGUCAUUAACCGACGUCGCCGCGACCGUCCACAGUGUUUUAGCCGGGCGACGACGGUCUAGAACUGUGAUUUUUUUAAAUAAAAUAAUUGGAACCUGAAGGUGCGUGCGUGGCGUCGCAGGGAUAACGAGUGUUAAAUUGGGCUUGCACUGUACACGACGGGCACCGUUCACUUGUCGUGGACUAAAUGUGAAUAAAGACGAGGACUGUCGGCUUCAA